GUGUUUAACACCUUUUCACAUUUGUAUCCCGCGUCACUCGUAGAUUCGAGCCCGCAGUCGAUCGUGUCAGUAUGGAGACCAAUUUCUCUAUUUUCAAAUAUCCACGUGGCUUCAUCAAGAUACUAGAGCUGCUCUUUGCCAUCCUCGCCUUUGCUUUGUUGGCCGGAUACAACGAGAAGGGCUCGCUUACCGUCCACACAACUAACGACUUGGAGGUGUCCUACAGUUUCAAAGUGAGAUACUCAUUCGGAUCCGGAGACUACCAGUUGUUCAAUACAUCGCCAAUUGCGACCGGUCGGAAUGUAACGGCAGGCGACGUCAGUGGUUCCUACCAGUCUGAUGCGCAGUUUCUAGUUGCAAUGGGCGUGAUUUCGUUUCUCUACAUACUGGCCAUGUGUCUUUGCUAUCCGCUGUGGGAAUGUCGUUUGAACCCGUAUAGAAGAAAGAUUUUCUACAGUGUGGAUUUUGCCAUAACAGGCGUCGUUGCCUUCCUCUGGAUCAUUGCUGGUGGGGUAUGGGCUAGAGGAUCCGACGGCGUCAUAGACAACAUCAAUAAAAUCUACAACGCCGCCUGCUCAGGCAGCACAAGCUGCAACACGGAAAAACCAAACUAUUCAGGAAUAGUCGCUGCCGUGUGCUUUGGGUUUCUCAACUUUUUCCUCUGGGCCGGCAACGUCUGGUUCACAUUCAAAGAAACGCCGUUUUUCAAGUGGAAGAAGCCAACACUAGAGGGUGUCGACGACCCAUCGACACUAAAGGACGAGGCAGAACCGACUCCUGAGUCUACACACAUCUAGAUAUCAACGAUGACCGUAAAUUGUUUGGCAUACAUAGUUGUAUGACAUACAGCUAUUGUUUCAUUUAGUGUUUUGCAGCUGGUUUUUUAAUUUUUUCACAAACGGUGAGUUGUGACAGUGAAUAGCUACUCGAUCAUGAAAGCA